AUGGCCCUCCCGACUUCGCUCAAAUUCUCGGAUCCGGUCGCCACAGGCGGCCACUUCCUCGCCCAGGCUGGCACGCCCAGACUCCGUCCCAAGCGUGCUGCCAUGCACCACUCCUCUUCCCCCUCUCCCUCCUCUUCUCCACGCAUUCCGGACUACCCACCCCAUCCGGCCACCCCGCCCCCCGGCUCGCACCAAUACCCUCCUCUCCUCGGUGGCCCCUUCGACGACGACCUCUACCACUCUCCCCGCCGCCAUACGCGCUGGCGAAUGACCCUCGCACUCCCCUCCAGGAUCCACCGCGCCAGCAUAUCCCGCUUCGGGCGCAAAGGCGGGCCCGCUGUCCUCUGCUUCUGCGGCCUCGCCUUCCUCCUCGCCACGUAUGCCGUCCACCGACGCUAUAUGUACACCAGCGACGAAUGGCUGCCACCCGGAACAGUCUUCGCCGCGGAGGAGGUGCGCAAGGUCUGGGAGUGGGAGAUCCUCGCCGGCCACUAUCCCAGCACCCGUCCAGUGCCCGCCGAAGUAGGGUUGACUGUGGCGCUCAAGAACCCCUCCCUGCCCGCGGUAAUGCGCCCCCCAGUCCCGGAGGCUCCCAUCCGGUACACCAUUGGGACAGGCGGAGAGCGCCUGUACCCCGAAGUGCGCGCGGCGAGGCCAGCCUUCGGCCACCCGCCACGACCCAUCCCUGGCAGCACUGCGGACUUCGAUCUGAUUCUGGACAACUGCGAUGGGGACAAGGGCAUCUACAUCCGGGACUGUCUAGAGUUCAUGCGCUUAGGGGCCGGCCUCGAUGACGCCGCGAGGCUUCGGAGGGAUGGCCUGAAAGCGGCGCGCUACCUCUUCGUGGCCAGCAGCGAGCACGCGUCAACGGAUGUUGCGCGGUCAAAUUUAGCGCGUUCGAUGGUCGCUUCGAACGGCGAAUUCACCGACAAGCCGUACAUGUCCAUGAUGGCCUUCCUCUUCACCCAGAACCUUGGCUUGCACCUCGAGCACCCGUCCUCGGACCCGUCAGUAUGCCGACCGCAGCUCUGGCUCCCCCUUCCUGCACCCACGUUCAAUCACGCAAUCCAAUUCAAAUUGUGGAACACCACGGAGCAGCUCGACCACACCCCCGAGCUCAAAAACGAAUGGCGCGAGAUGGGCGGCGAUCUCAUGCAGAGCGAAGGGAGGAAACGGCCGAAAUCGGACAAGAAGGUCGGUUCCGACGUUGCGUUGGAUGGCAAUUCCAAGGAGGACCACACGUCGUACAACAAACUCCCGGUUAUCCUCUCCGACCUUGUCCGCUUCGUACUCUGCCACCGCUACGGCGGCGCGUAUCUCGACAUUGUUUCUGGCUACCUCCGCGAGGCGCACAUGGACGAGCUCCUUUAUCGGCUACCGGACGCACUGUUCGACCCGGCAUGGAAGAGCGCGGACUACGUCAAGUCGUGGUGGGGAUUCAAAACGUCCUACUUCGAGCGGGAUCGCCCGCCGUUCCCGUUUUUUCCAGACUUCGACAAUUUCUUCAACACCCCUCCCGAAACGAGUGCCGUGCCCAGUGUAGCUGGCUUCGACAGCUUCUUCCGUGGCGCGUACGCGUAUCACUACCACAAUGAAUGGUGGAAGCCGUUCGAUCGGGCCCGCUACUGGCCGGAUCUUGGCCCUCGGUUCACGCCGGAUGCCGAACCUGCUACUCGCCAAGCUUACCAAGGCGAGCCGUACCCGGGAUGGCAAGCGACUCACGACAAGCAUGAUCUGGACUGGGCGACUGUGCUCAAGCGGACAUUCGAGGCGUACAUCCGUGGUGAUCGACCUAACAUGUACGGGGAGUGGAUUCAUGUGUGA